AUGUUAUGUUCCCGCAUGAACUGCUUAGACCACUUUUGUCAUGAAGAUUUUCAAUUAGAAAGAGGAUAUGGAAUACACAACCAUCUCUUGCCAUCACUUGGAGCAACAGUGAACCAUCCAAACAGACUCAGGAAGUACAUUGUUUUGCCAUAUGAUCCUCAUUACAGACUAUGGGAGGUGUUUUUGAUAUUAAUGGUUCUCUACUCGGCCUGGAUCUGUCCGUUUGAGUUUGCAUUUCUCCGAGACCUGCCAAGCACAAUAUUUCUUGUGGAUAACAUUGUCAACAGCUUUUUUGCAAUUGACAUUGUACUGACCUUCUUUGUUGCAUUUGUUGAUCAUAAAUCAUAUGUUUUGGUGGAUGAUCGAAAGAGAAUAGCACUCAGGUACCUGUCCACAUGGUUCAUCUUUGAUGUAUGUUCCACAUUUCCCUUUCAAAUAAUCAGCUUGUUCUUCAGUGGGCAUGUUAACACCUUCUGCUUCAAAAUUCUAAGUAUGCUGAGACUCUGGCGUCUGCAUCGAGUUAGUUCCUUCUUUGCUAGACUCGAAAAGGAUAUUCGUUUCAAUUACUUUUGGACAAGGUGCACAAAGCUUUUUGCAGUAACUCUUUUUGCAGUUCACUGUUCUGGAUGCUUUAACUACAUGAUCGCUGAUAGAUACCCUGUCCCAGAACAAACAUGGAUAGGUGCAGUGAAGCCAAACUUCAUGGAGGAUAAUCUAUGGGUCAGAUAUGUAACAGCAAUAUACUGGUCAAUCACAACACUAUCAACUACUGGUUAUGGUGACUUACAUGCUGAAAACACCAGAGAAAUGCUAUUCUACAUCUGCUGCAUGCUAUUCAAUUUGGGUUUGACAUCUUACCUGAUUGGAAAUAUGACAAAUCUUAUUGUCAAUGAGACCAGUCAAACAAAAAACUUCAGAGAUACCAUUCAGGCUGCUUCUGAGUUUGCAACAAGAAAUAAGUUGCCGAAAUAUCUAGAGGAACAAAUGUUAUCUCACAUAUGCUUAAGAUUCAAAACAGAGGGGCUCAAACAACAAGAGACACUUGACGGCCUCUCAAAGGCAAUCCGUUCAAGUAUAGCCAAGUACCUGUUCUUUCCCAUUGUUCAAAGAGUGAACCUUUUCAAAGGUGUCUCUUUUACAGUCAUUUUCCAACUGGUGUCAGAAAUGCGGGUCGAGUAUUUUCCACCUAACGAAGAUGUGAUGCUGCAGAAUGAAUCACCAACAGAUCUGUAUAUAAUAGUAUCAGGGGCAGUGGAAAUGAGAACAUAUGUGGAUGGGAUCAAGAAGGUUCAUGGAAGGUUAUCCACUGGAGAAAUGUUUGGGGAGAUUGGAAUACUCUGUCAUGUUCCACAGCCAUUUACAAUAACAACAACAGAACUCACACAAAUUCUUAGACUGAACCGAAGCACAUUCCUCAACAUCAUUCAAGAAAGCAGGCAGGAUGAGACUAUCACCACAAGAAAUCUUAUUGAGAGGUUAAGCCUGCAUGAGAGACUAUAUCCUGGCAUACAGAAAAUUGAUCCAGAAGAACUACUUAAAGAAUGUUUCAAGAAAGAAUCCAGGAAUAGGAAUGAGAACUACACACAAGAUGAAGAUGUUUAUAAUGUUAGCAAGCUCCAUACACAGGAACAGAUGAAUGCAAGAAACAGUCAUGGAAAGCUAGAUAUGAACAAGGAUGUCGGUAAAGUUAAUAAGCUUCAAGUUGUCGUUAACAAUCAGAAAGUAGAUCAAGCAGAUAGACAAACUGUGUCACAUGGAACAAUCAAGGAAGGGCACCAUGAGGCUGCUAAAACUCUGCUCAAACAAGAAACAACUAUUGAUAAAGUUAAUGGUAACAGGUGGACUCAAAAGGACAUGGCUAAAAAACAUGAACCGAAAGGUGGUGCAUCAGACUUUCUGAUGAGGGACGGAAGUGGAAAAACGUUUGUUGGGGAACAGGACUUAAGAUAUAGCUGCUCACUGAAGAAUAAUGAUGAAAUGCUACAGACAUGUUCGAAAAUUGGAGUCCAUGAAUCCGCCAAACGAGUGGUUAUUCACAUGCAUUCUCAAAAGGCAGACCCAGCGAUACAGCUGAUCCCGAAGAUGAUUAAUCUACCUGAUACUAUGGAGGAGCUACUCAGAAUCAGUGGUGAAAAGUUCGUGGGAUAUCGUCCUAUAAAAGUGUUGAAUCGAGAGAUGGCAGAAAUUGAUGAGAUCAGUGUCAUUCGCGAUGGGGACCAUCUGUACUUCCAAGAGUUUUGAUGAUAUCAGCAAAUGUGGCCAAGAGAUUAAAAUACAUAGAACAAGAGUUCGACUACAAAGCAUGUAACCUUGAGCGAUAUCUAUAACAGAAGCUAAAAA